AUGAGUGCACCCCUUGUCGGAAGACUUGAUGCCUUCGAUGAAAACGUCGAGAGCUGGACCUCCUACGUUGAACGUGUAGAGGAGUAUUUUGUCCUCAACAAUCUUCAAGAAGACAAGAAAGUGGCAGCGCUUAUAACCAGCAUGGGAGCGAAAACAUAUAACACUCUCCGCAAAUUGACAUGCCCAAAGAAGCCUUCGGAGUUAAAGUUCAACGAGAUCAAAAAGUACCUCACGGACUAUUUCUCUCCGACGCCGUUGGAAAUGUCAGAGCGGCAUCGUUUCUACAAUCGUCUUCAAGGACAGUCCGAAUCAGCAACGCAUGCUCACCAUGAAGGAUUUGACCUUGACAAAGGCGCUUCAAGAAGCGGUGUCAUCCGCAUCCUCGGUUACCUGAGGAGGACUGGCGUAGACACAGUUCAAGUAAAAUUUCGAGAGAAAUGUUCAAGGCUCCAACUCUAUGUUGCAAGAAUCCCAGGACCAGCACUGUUUGGCCGAGAGUGGAUUCAAGAAUUCAAGUUGCUUGAAGAAACAAAUGGAAUCUUCAAGACACCGACUGCAACGACAGCUUCUCAAGAAGAAGUAAAAACUAAGCUGAACCAGAUUCUAGAAACUCACAAGGUCGCAUUUGAAGACUCCAUCGGGAAGUUGAAUGGAAUCAAGGCAUCCUUAAACCUGAAGGAAAAUGUUCAGCCCGAGUUCCUUCGUGCUCGUCAAGUUCCAUACAUACUCAAGGAAAAAGUCUUUGCCGCAUUGGACCGACUAGAAUCGGAAGGUAUUCUGACCAAAGUCAAUGUCACUGAAUGGGCUACUCCCAUAGUUCCUGUAGUAAAGCCCAAUGGGACAGUCAGGAUAUGUGGAGAUUUCAAGAGCACCAUCAAUCAACACUUAGUCGUGGAUCAGUAUCCUCUACCACUGGUUGAGGACAUUUUCGCGAAGUUAUCUGGUGGUCAGAUAUAUACAAAAAUUGAUCUCCGGCAAGCAUUCCUUCAAAUGGAAGUGGAUGAGAAGUCCAAGCACUUGCUAACUAUCCAUACAGAAAAGGGACUCUUCCGGUAUAACAGGAUGGUGUUUGCUAUUGCUCCCGCACCUGCGAUCUGGCAACGCACCAUCGAACAAGUUCUACAGGGUGUUCCUAUGACACAUGCAACGCAAGACGACAUAGUAGUGAGUGGUACUACUGAAGAGGAUCAUCUCGAAAAUCUUUCGAAAGUCCUCAUGCGCCUGGAAUCGUUUGGUCUAAAAGCUAACCUGCAGAAGUGCUCCUUCUUCCAGGACAGCAUUGUGUACUGCGGAUACAAGAUCAGCAGCGAAGGUUUACACAAGACCCAAGACAAGAUCCGUGCAGUACUUGAAGCUCCAGCACCACAAAACGUCAGUCAGCUGCGUUCCUUUCUUGGGCUAAUCAACCACUCGGAAAAUUUAUACCGGACAGCGACCUUUGCACGCACUUUUGGAAAAAUCUGCGAAGUGGAAGUGGACAAAAGGCUGCAAAGUAACCUUCCAAAAAGCUAA